AUAAUCCUUCCCUUCUUCUUCUUACGAUCUUCGUCGUACGUACUCCUCCGGUCCAGGCUAAACCCGUUCUCUAGCAUUUUCCUCUAACAUCUCAAGAAGCUUAAGUCUUCGGAAAAUCCUCCUGAUCCGUUUGUGUCUUUCGAUUGAGACUUGAUUAAACGAGAUGGAAAGCCGAGGUGAGUAGCGAGAAUCAUGUUGUCCAGAAUCCCACUGAAGAAGUGUGCCACUAGUGGCUCCGGCAGCGGCGGCUUUUCCAAAUAUAUUUUUCAGAACAACUCCACUCUAACCUCUCCCCGAAGGGGAUUGUUUCUUUGUGACUUCCUAGUCCAAAAUAUUUCUAGUUCUCCAUGUUUUCCUGAAGCUACUUCAUUUUCUCACUUUCACCGUCAUUACACAAGCGCACACCAAGGAGAUUGCUGGCUAGAAAAACCUUUUCCUGAAUCUAAACCUUCUAUGAAGAAAAGCUCAUUAUUAAGUAAUAGAUUGCUGGCUUUGCAGUCACAUAAUAUCUCUUCAAAAUCCAUACAAGUUAGACACAUCAGUAAUCCUUCGAUUGAGCUGAAGACAGAUAAAGAUGGUGUCAGGUUUAAUUUUGGUAGUCCAUCAGUCAAUGGUGGGUCACAAAGAAAAGCAAAGAAGGCAGGCAAGCAGGUUAAAAUGUCCAAAAAAGCAAAAUUUAAUGAGCUUAAGUUCUACAGGUUGAAGGCAAAAAAGAAAAUGAAUUCUCCAAACCCAGAAGUUAGGAUAAGAUAUAAACUUGAAAAGGCGAAAAGAAAGGAAGCUUGGCUGAUUGAGAAAUUGAGGAAAUAUGAGGUAUCUAAAGUUCCUGUGGAAACAUAUGAUCCUGAAAUUUUAACUGAAGAAGAGAGGUUUUACCUGAAGCGUACUGGUGAGAAAAAGAAAAACUAUGUUCCAGUUGGGAGACGAGGUGUAUUUGGAGGUGUUGUUCUUAAUAUGCAUCUCCAUUGGAAGAAGCACGAGACGGUUAAGGUCAUUUGCAAACCUUGCAAGCCUGGACAGGUUCAUGAAUAUGCUGCAGAGCUAGCUCGAUUAAGUAAGGGAACUGUUAUUGACAUUAAACCUAACAACAUUAUAAUCUUCUAUCGUGGGAAGAAUUAUGUUCAACCAGUUGUUAUGUCACCUCCAGAUACACUCUCUAAAGCUAAGGCCUUAGAAAAGUAUAGAUAUGAGCAAUCCCUGGAGCACACAAGUCAGUUUAUCGAGAAAUUGGAAAAAGAGCUUGAAGAUUAUCUUGAACACCUUGUUCAUUACAAAAAAGAAAAGGAGAAUAUGCCUCCGAGUACAACUAUUGAUACUUGAUUGUUUGCUGAAAUAUUUUCCUGUAAGAAAACAAAUAUUGCUUGGCCCCCUAAAUUACUUAUCCACGUGAUCCACAUUUAUCUCAAUUUUCUCUUUCUCUGGGAUUAUGUUUUGGAUUUGCUGAUGGGAAAUGAUGAUUCAUGUAUUUUUUGUGGUAGAGGUGUCAAUCUUGUUAACUCUUCUUUGCUGCUACAAGUGAUUCUACUCCUACCUGAAACAUCCACUCCCCUAUAAAGUCCCCAUGUCCAAAAAGAUCCCCUGCCUGUCUAGCAUUUCCUUGACUCUUAUAAUGACAGAUUUCCCUAAAAAAUUUCCAAUGUUGGGUGAAAAGAUAGCCCAAAGAAGCCAAAUGGUACCAAUUGCUCUAAUAAUUGCAGCAUAAAAAGAAAAAGCAGAGAGAUGAUAGCAAGAGAAGAUUGAGUAUUGAACAAACUGUAGCAUAUAAAUCCCAGUGAAUGGGUCUUCUUGGACCAUUCUGCUGGUUCUUCAUCUACCGCUGAAAUUAUGAUGACUUUGGGGGUGCACCGGAAUGAUCUGAAGAAGUUGGUCUUUUACCUUCAUUUUCAUUCGAUUCACAGUGAUGGGAUAUUAUCACCUACCAAGCUUGUUGAGAGAGCCCACCAAAAUGGGUGUAUGCAGGUGGUUCGUAAGCAUAUUUUAAUCAGAGAGAAAACAGGGAGAGUUUACUGUGAUUACCAGUUUCUGAUUUUGGAAUCCAUCAAUGGGGCAAAACUGAUUGGAAAGUUAUCAAAACACUCUGAGAAGCAUACUGCACAGCUUAGAUUUUGUGAAAUUUCAGUGGUUUACAUUUGGACCGCUAGCACUGUCCACUAGAGAUGUCUGUUUGGAAACUGUCCCCUGUGCUCGUUUAGAAUCAUUUUCCAAUGUUUGCAAUUCAGCAUCACUGAUAAUACGUGUUAUUUACCUUGAUGGACUUAUAUGCCAUGAAUACUUUUCUUUGUCCCCUCUCA